GAUUGUUAGAUAGCUAUCGAUGAAAGCCGUGUACCAUCCCCACUUAAUCAGCUGUUUUACUUGCCUUUCGCCGCCUGUUAGUUUGUAAAUAUCUGGAGUAAAAGCUAAAAUUUAGCUGGUAGCUAAAUAAAAUUAUAGAAAACUAUUUCAAAUUAGGCGUUGAAUGUUAUGUACACCUGUCUUUAGAAAAGCGCCUGUUGAAUAAGACAAUUGAAACACUGGGGGCCAGUACGGUGUUGCGUAAUUUAAGCGACACGUUUUUUAAGACCCAAAAUUGAGCUGUACACAUAGAGUGCCGGAGAUUUACGUACGAAUCCCAGGAAGUACAAGAAACCGACGGCAUGGCCAAGUAUAUCGCCCAGAUCAUCGUGUUAGGCGCCCAGGCAGUGGGAAGAGCGUUCACCAAGGCGCUGCGCCAGGAGAUCGCCGCAUCCCAAGAAGCCGCGCGACGUGCUGGUGGUGGCAGGCAAGGCGAAAAGAGCGCCGAGUUCAACCUGCGCACAGGCAUGACGCUGGAGGAAGCCAAGCAGAUCCUGAAUAUAGAUGACCCCAAGAACGUGGACGCCAUCAUCAAGAACUACGAGCACCUGUUUCAAGUGAACGAACGCGCCAAAGGCGGUUCCUUCUACAUCCAGUCAAAGGUUUUCCGGGCGAAAGAGAGGCUGGACCAUGAGAUUAAAGCCCGGGAGCAGCCGAGGUCUUCGAAGACAGAAGCGGCGCAAGAGACGGAGGAGGAGUCCCAGAGCAGAGCGCGGCAGCGGCGCUAGGUAGCAAUGUUGCCUCCAAUCGAACUAAUUAGCUGAUAUUUGAUUUAAAAACUACGUGUUAAGUACAAAAAACGAAAGUCUGUUGCUGUAAAUAGAGAUUUACGAACAUGAA